GUAGACGUGACCGAACCCAACAGCUCAGACAGCCGUGGCGAGCGCCUCGACUUCUUCCUCAAACAAGAAGAGGCGCUAACCACAGAACCUGGCUUCCUGGGCACCAACGAAUCAGAGGAGGCCGGCGGAGGAGGCCGAGGUGGAGGGAUCUCAUCUGUGGCCAACCUGAAAGCAGCACUGAUGAGUAAGAACAGCCUGUUGUCACUGCGGGCGGAGAUGAUGGGAGAUGAUAACCCCUUGCUGUACGAGUACCUACCCAAAGGAGGACACUCCCUGUCUUGGCUCCGCUCCAACAGCUACUGCAGCACGCUCCGGCCAGGGGCCACUAUUCAUAACAAACAGGGCGCUGGCUCCUCUUCUCCUCCUCUUCCUCUUCUUCCUCCCCAUCUCCCACCAUCAUCACCACCACUCCCGCCAUCAUCAACAUCAGCACACUGCCCACCCACUCCACCCACGCCACUGCACCCCUCUGAGCCCCGGCCCCUGGAGGCCCCUGGUCUGCGGGCUGGGGCGCUCCCACUACACUCGGAAGAAACGGACAUGGAAACGGAAGACCCCCCCGAGGCCUUGGAAGGAGAGGAGUGUCCUGUGGAGAGGGAUCAGAUGGGCGAGGGGAGCUGUGCUGGUGGCUUGACUGUGCCUGCGUCAGUGUCCGUAGCUGGCAGAGGAACUAAAGGGCUGCUGGUGGUGGGUGACGAAGCUGGAUCAGGGGAGAGAGUUCUGCCAGAGCGCUGUGCCUGGCCCUCACAGGGGUUUGCCUGCUCCCUGUGCAAGCGGCUGUUCAGCAGCCUGGAGCAUCUCAGGGAACACGAGUACCAACACACUCUGUCUCUAAUGGCCUUGUCUCUGGACUGGCCCAACAUGCAAGGUCCACACUGUCAACCUAUCCAGCCCCAUCACCACCCACAAGUCCAGCCCCCCCUCUUCGGCCAGUCUCUCUUCCGCUCCGCCAUGGGCGAGCCCAUGUCAGCGCGCUACUUCUGCUCCCAGUGCCCGGCCAGCUUCACGCUCAAAUCCAACGCAGACCGCCACGAGAAGACCAUCCACUACAAGAAAAAGCUGAUGCAGUGCGUUUACUGCCUGAAACACUUCAGAGACCGCACAGACCUGCACAGGCACCUGUCAUCCGUGCACUCCAAAGAGAGAGGGCACACCUGUCCAGCCUGUGCCAAGGCUUUUAGCACCCAGAAAAACCUGGCAACACAUGUUAAAGUGUGCUGCCAGGUGGCGUUGGUUCCAGGAGCUCUGCUGGGUGGCAGCUCCGGAAUGGAAAUGUCUCAGGUGAACGACUUCACAGUGAUCCGCAAAAAGUUCAAGUGCCCCUACUGCAGUUUCUCUGCUAUGCACCAGUGCAUCCUUAAGAGGCACAUGCGCUCCCACACUGGCGAGAGGCCCUACCCCUGUGAAAUCUGUGGCAAGAAGUUCACCAGACGGGAGCACAUGAAGAGGCACACACUGGUCCACAGCAAAGACAAGAAGUAUGUGUGUAAGGUGUGCAGCCGCGUCUUCAUGUCGGCAGCCAGCGUGGGGAUAAAACACGGCUCCCGUCGCCACGGGGUCUGCGCCGACUGCUCCGGCCGGGGGAUGGCCGCCCUGCUGGACCACAACGGGGAGGUGGGUGGAGAUAUCUCACCCGAGGAGGAGCUGUAUCCGGGGGAUCGUUUCCACGAUGACCAGGCAGAGUGCGACGGGGACGGAGACGGGGAGGAGGAGAUGAUGGUCGAGGGGGACGGGGAGAUCCUGGCCGAGGGGGAGGAAGAAGGGGGGAAGUGGAAGGACUCGGGCAUGACCGCUGAGGCACACGGAGCACUGGACAAUGAGAAAGAGGAGAGCGACUCCUCGGCUCAGGAGGGCGAGCAGCAGAAUGGGAGGUUCAGGCCAGAGUCCAGCAGUUUUUUCUACUCUGUCGCAAUGAAAACCAGUGAGGACGCUGCCAAGGGCACAGUCGACACUAGGCUGCAACUUUGUAUGUUUGCCAUCACAAUCACCAUGGAAACCAAGGAUCACAGUCAGAGUAGGGAAACAGCCUGGAAGACGAGCGUCUUGGUUCCUCCUCAGCUGUUAGCCAGCUGGAAAGCUGCAGGGGCUGCCAAAGCUCCAAGUGUCCACAAGAGGGCCAGAUGGGACAGGAAACUGCUUUUGGACCUCUGGCUGGAGAGUCCAGGGCCUUUCCAUGGGUCCUGCUCUCUGCAAGCCAAAGCUCCGGCCUGGAGGCCUGCUGCUGCUAACAGCGAGAAGGACGAGACC